AUGGGACGAGCUCGUGCUUAUGUAGUUCAUUUAGAUGAACAAAACGAAAGGUAUGAUUACAGCGGAUAUGAUUGUGAAGGAUACGAUAAGAAUGAUCGUGAUCAUCAAGGCUUCGACCGCAACGGAUACAAUGAAGUUGGUUAUAAUAAAGAUAGUUAUGAUCGUCAAGGCUGUGUACGUACACAAUACUAUUGUCCAACGCGUUAA